AUGAUGUGCCUACUCAACAACACCAACAACAUCAUUGCGAAACUAGCGUUGACUCUGAUUGUCAUGCUACUCGCCGUUGCGCCUAUCAUUCUCCAACAGCUCGUUCAUCGAGCCCAGAUUGUGAUUGCGCCAGUCCGCGAUGUCAUCCACAACGAAAUCGCCACUCUUUCAACCACCAUUUUUACCACCAUUGCAGCCAUCACCGAUGCUAUUCAAACUAUCGUCAACAGAGCUUUUGCAUCCGAAGGCGAUGCUUUUACCAUCAUCAACAACAUCAACAACAACAACACAUUUCUGGCUGUACCUAUCAACGAAACUUACCUACAGCUCAUCCUCAGAGCUCGUCCACGACACUGGAUCCUCAGAUCUCCUCAGAAGAUCAUUUUCUGGACCCCGCGACACUUGAUCCCAACCUCCGCCUGUGCCACCAUCAUUGCAGCCCUUUCUAUCAUUGAUGCUAUCCAAACGGUCGCCAACAAAGCUUUGAAAUCUUACAGCACUGCUGUUUUCAACAACAACAAAUUUCUGGCUCUUCCCGUCAGCGAAACGUUCCUACAACUCAUCCCAAGAGCUCCACGACACUUAGUAAUCAGAGCUUCACGCGAGAUUAUUGUCUGGACUCCGGCACGACGCUUGAUCCGAACCUCUUUCCGUGCCACCAUUAGCACAGCCUUUCUACAGACCAUCAUCGAUGCUAUCCAAGCGAUGAUCAACACAGUUUUGGAAUCUGACAGCAUUGCUCUUUUCAACAAUAAGAAAUUCCUGGCUCUUCCCCUCAGCGAAACUUUCCUACAGCUCGUCCCCAGAGCACCACGACACUUGGUCCUCAGAGCUUCACGCGAGAUCAUUGUUUGGACUCCAGCACGAAACCUGAUCCGACCCGCUGACCCUGCCAUGGUCAUCGUACGCAUUAUUGAGCUCACACAAGAGCUUGUCAACACAACUACCAUUGGAGCAGCUAAACCAUUCGCAUUGACUUCUUUGCCAACACCUGUUCCACAAGGCUGGGUACAACACUACUUUAGCCUUGGCGCAAUCAUGCCAUUGGUGCCACCACCCACUUUUUGUUCCAAUCGAAAUUUCGUGAGCUCAUUGGUCAACAUCAUGAUCUUUGACCACCACGAAGACAACAAGCAGAACGAAGCAGCAGCGAAUCCCAUCGCCACCACUGAAUCGACUGAUAGUCCCAUUGUUCGUUCCUCGUCGGAUAUGUUGGCCAACAUUGCAAUUGCAGCCGACAAGGAAGAGAACAACUUGGACGAUGACGAAGAUGAUGUGGGACACGUGGAUGCUACUGCUGCUACUACUGCUACUGUUCCUGUAGUGCCUUCUAUCACUACAAAGGAGCCUGAAUCGUUUGUGGUCUCAAGCAAGCUUCCAUUUUGGAUGUCCAAACGUUUCAUUGCACGAGCUGCCGACAAGAAAGUCAAGGGACGUCGUCGAGGACAAUUUAAACAGUGCCUUGGAGCACAAAAGAAGGCCAAAAUUCAGCAACAACGUCAAGAUGCGAAACAACAAGAACGAAUGGAUGGUGGACAAGAGGAUAUGGAAAUCGACCACGAGGAAGAUGAGAUGAAAAUGGAAAUCGACCAUGAGCGAUCUACUACUACCGACACCUGCUGCAGUAUUACCGCUUCGAAUUUCAAGAGACGUCGUGGAGAAUUCAAAGAGCGCGUUGUAGCACAAAACAAGGCCGGUCGACGCAAGAUUGACCAACAACUUCGAAACGCGAAGAGACAAGAACGUUUGCGACAAAAAAGAAGAAUGGAUGAAAUGAUGAAAAUCGAUUAUGAUUGGAUGGAAUUGGAUGGAGACACUAUCAUGAAUGGUCCAUAG